UGUGCAGCAACCUGUACUAUAGACACGUGCUGGAUAAAAACACUUCCCUAAUUAAAGCUCUGUGAUCUGAUCUCCUCUGCUCCUUGACUUAGAUAAUGCCUUCCUACAAGCUUUAUUACUUUCCUGGUCGUGGAAGGGCUGAGGUUUCAAGGUUCAUCUUCAAGCAAGCUGAAGUCGAUUUCGAAGAUGUACGCAUAGGAGGAGAGGACUGGGCAAAAUUCAAGCCAAGUACACCCUAUGGCUCAAUGCCAGUACUGGAAGUUGAUGGCCAGAUGCUUGGUGGAAGUGGCAGCAUGCAACGCUACCUAGCAGAGAAGUUUGGUUUGGCUGGCUCAAAUGAUUUUGAGAAUGCUGAAAUUGACAGCAUUGUUGACGCUAUUAGAGACCUCGCUCAAGAGCUAUCGAAGUUUUACUUCGAAAAAGAUGAGGCAAAGAAAACUGAACUGCUUGAAAAAUUGAAAAACGAAACUGUACCAAAAUUCCUUGGAAUUUUUGAAAAACUUAUCUCAAGCAACGCUUCUGGUUGGAUAUACGGCUCUAAGGUUACAUAUGCUGAUUUUACCUUGUACAACGUCAUGGGAGCGGUAAAGAUGGGAGCUGCUGAAGCUCUUGAUAGUUUUCCGGCUGUAAAGAAAAAUACUGAAGCUGUUGAAGCACUACCUAACAUUGCUAAGUGGCUGAAGGAACGACCUGAAUCUCAAUUUUAGAUCAAAACAAUUUUUUAGUGAAAGGAACGUUAUUGCAUUAAUUUUGUGUUAGUGCUUUAGACUUGUCUUAAUAUAAUUGUUAAAAUGUG